UUCACAUUGACGAUAUAAAUAUUCACAUUACGGAAUAUUCAUACUGUAAAUGUGAAUAUUAUUAGAGGUACUUUGAUAACUAUGUCAUCCAUAAAACUUAUUAAAAUAUAAAAAAAUAAUAUUGACUAAAUAAAAUAUAAGUAAGUAAAAACGAAUUUACAAAAAAGUACCCCUACAUUUAUUGGUAAGUUUGAUUACAAAUUGACAACUAGCUGGUGCAUGGUAGCUCACCUAUUUCUUUCAAUCUCUUUUGCAGUGAGUGUGAGAGGAAUUGUUUGUGUGUCCAAAACGUUCCUAAGAUACUGCAAUUACAUUACAAAUUGUAAUUGACUUUUGUCAAGCAAACCAGAAGGCAUGGACAAGUACAGUUUCAAGUAUUAAUAUAUAUAUAUAUAUAUAUGAAGUAGCACUUAUCUUUAUUUCUUCCAUAUUUUUUUAAAAAAAAAUUCCCCCAUAGACAGGUACGCCAAAUUUUCUCAUGUCAACUUCACAAGGGAAUAGGAGCCUCCACAACUCAUUAAGAUGAUCAAAGUUCCAAAAUAUUGUUCCUAAUUGGUUUGUUCUUUUUGUUUUUUGGAGAGAGAGAGUGGGGCCAAAAAAAAACCAAAAUUUCUACUGAUUAGUUAGACUAACCAUAAGCACAUUCAUUCUCCAAUGAAUGAGACAAUCCAAGGAAUGAGACAAGCAAAGCGUGUUAGCAAUAUAACGGAGGUUUUAACAUUAUACCAAACUGCCUGUCAAUCUCCCAAGGUGAACUAUAUCUCACCGUGUAAAGAAAUAUGGUGUGAAAAAUGAAAAAUAAAACAUCAAGAGGAAAAACUUACCAAUUUUGCAGUCGCAGUCAUUCUCAUCUUUUAUGUCUUUCUUCUUUUUGUCAUGCAAAAAUGGCAAAUAAUCAUAUGCAUAUCCUGGCCUUCUGCAAGAUGUUGUAAGUUAGCAGAUAUUAAGGGAGAGGUUUCAUAGAAAACAAGGCAACUUGAUUCGUGUUUUUGGAUCAGACACAUCAUGUGCCGGAAGUGAUGGAUCCACUUCUGAAAUUCAAAGAUUGAAAAAACCGUAAGUUUGGUGUAAAAGGAUAUUCAUGUUCUCCGACUAUGAUAGAGAAAACAAAUUUAGGUAUGUAGAUCAUCAGCAGUUGUAUACACAAACAUAUCUAUCAUGAUUGUACAAGUUUUCUAUCUCGAUUAUGUUAAUGAAACAGCAACAGUGCCAAAGAAACUGUAUAACACUUUUGUGGCAAUCGUGACAAUUAACUAACUGUUAUAAUGAAGAAGAAAAAAAGAGCGUUUUGCAUGUCCUUUAACCCAAUCACAAAAAUAUGGAGGCCUUCCAAUACAUUUUCCCUAAUUUACUAUAUGGAAAACAAAUUGCAGCCAAAAGAUCUCGGGUUUUUGUGAUGACUCUAGACUUGACAAUGCAUUUGCAUGAAUAGUGAAUUAAUUAUUCACAUGGAAGAAAAAAAAAAAAAAUUAAGAUGGCACAAAAGCUAUAAAACAUUUGGCAAAAUCAGAAUCAGGAAUUUCAAAGAAUCAUCACAAAACUAUAAGGAGAAGACAUCAUGCUCAUGUAAUAGACAACUUGUAAUGGGGUUAAUAAGCGAUAGACCACACUAACAGUGGGAGGUGGUGUCACUUUCUAUUAAUCAUCAUUAUUUUUAACCUUUUUAUCUUAUUAGACUUCACUUGAAUAUCUUCCUUUACGAUUGAUUGCAGCUGCCUGACGUCAAUUCUCGAAAAGUAUGUGCAUGCCAAAUUUGUAAUAUCCUGUAACCGUACAUAAUCAGCAUACAGCAAAUAUAACUGUGUAAAAGCACAAAAAAGAGGCACCAUAAAACAGUCUCAAAUGGAUGACAUCGAACCAUGUCACAACAUGACAUUGAAACCAUUUUAUGCAUCCAUAACAAGAUAGACGAGAAUAGUGAAAGGAAAUGAAGGCGUGUUGGACUUAGGUCUCUUCACUGGGAAUUAAGUUGCUUGAUUACAGUCGUAUGGUAGGAUUAUCUUAAACCAUAACACUACUCUAGUUGAUUGUAUGUGAAGGUGAGAUAAACUACACUGUAGUACCUUGGCUUUACAUCAAUCCACAAUAAAUGUUGAUUCAACAAUGAGAUUUGCAUUUGAGGUGUUGCGAUAUGACAAUUCUCCACAUUAUGCAAAGGUGCACUUAUCCCUAACAAAUGUGUUCCACUACCACUAGGGUCAUCUAAGCGCUCACAAAUGAAUUCAUGUUGAGAUAAAUACACACAACAAAAUUGUUUUUCACUCUCAUCUUUUUCUAGCCAAACCGAUGGAUUGGAGAUUAAUUGGAUUGGAUGUAACUGUUAUCUACCCACAUCCCAUGUGUAUAAAAUGGGUUGACCUCCAACUCAACUUUCCUACAAGAAAGUGCUAGUACUCAAUCCAAGAAGGGGGGGGAAGUUGAAAGAAACAAUUAACCAUGAGUUCAACUGUAAUAACUAUUUCAAAUGAAGACGAGAUUACUCCUACCCAGAAGAGGAAAUCUCAAUUUGCACUUCUUUCUAAUGUUUAUUCUCUUGUAGCAAAGCAAAGUAAGCAUGACAUGAGAAAAGUCAUUCACAGUUUCAAAGUUGGAAUAGCUUUUGUUUUGGUUUCAUUUCUCUAUCUCCUCGAUCCACUAUACAAAAAAGUUGGGGAAAAUGCCAUUUGGGCUAUCAUGACUGUUGUGGUGAUCUUUGAGUUCUCCGCAGGUGCUACACUUGGCAAGGGUUUGAAUCGCGGAAUUGGAACGAUAUUAGGUGGUGGACUGGGAUGUUUGGCGUCAAUUUUGGCUGAUGAAAUUGGUGGAAUUGGCAAUGCCAUUAUUGUGGGCACUUCUGUUUUUGUUUUUGGUGAGGAUAAGCAUACGUCAAUGUCGUCAGGCACAGCAGCAACAUACUUUCGAUUGAUUCCAAGCAUUAAAAGGAGAUAUGACUAUGGAGCCAUGAUUUUCAUCCUUACCUUCAAUCUGGUUGUGGUAUCUGGUUUGCACACUGAUAAGGUCAUGGAACUAGCACGUGAACGCCUGUCAAACAUCGGCAUGGGGUUUGCCGUCUGCGUUUUCACAAACGUGCUCAUCUUUCCCAUCUGGGCUAGUGAUGAACUUCAUUACUCCAUAGCCUCCAAGUUUGAAACACUUGCCUGCUAUAUUGAAGGAUACUUGGAGGAGUACUUCAGACUAGUCAAUGAGAAGGAAAACCAUUCCAACACCAGUUUUGCCAGUUGCAAAUCAAUGUUACACUCAAAGUCCAGCGACGAGUCUCUGGCAAAUUUUGCAAGAUGGGAACCAUGGCAUGGAAAAUUUGGGCUUUCUUAUCCCUGGGACAAAUACCUACAAAUUGGAGAUGUUCUUAGAGAGCUUGCUACUACCAUUGUAUCACUAAAAGAGUGUCUUCAAUCUCAUAGACAGCCCUCAUCAGCUCUAAGACAAUCAAUUAGAGAACCAUGUGAAGCGGUUGGGUCAUCACUUGCGUGGACUCUGAGAGAUAUUGGAGAGAGUAUAAUGAAAAUGGAAAGAUGCAGGCCUAAGGCAUUCAUAGCACCAAAAUUGCAGUCAAUGAAACAAGAGCUUAGCCUAGUCACUUAUUCCAAAUUAGGAGCAGCAGAGAAUGGUGAAGGACUAGCUAUGGCCAGCUUUGUGUUCCUAUUGAUAAAGAUGGUAGAAAAGGUUGAAGUACUAGUAGAAGAGGUUGAAGAACUAGGGGCACUAGCAGGUUUUUCAAACUAAAUAGAUUGAUGUUUUAACAUAAGAGCAUUUGGUGCUGUAUUUAACGCAUCAGAGCCAUUUUUUGGCAUCAUAAAUAUAAA